UUUAAGGGUCCGUCUGCAUUGCUCAACUUGCCAUUUUUUAACGUUAUUGAAUCCUUUGUUCCAGACUACAUGCAUGCCGUCCUCCUCGGCGUGUCUCGUACACUUUUGAGCUUGUGGUUCGACAGCAACACCGGAGGGGGGUUUUAUCUUGGAGAUCCGGCAACCGUGAGGCUAGUAGAUCGCAGAAUGAAGGCCAUCAAGCCUCCUUCUAAGCUCGGCAGGUUUCCCCGGGGGGUCAGUGAACGAAAGCUUUGGAAGGCACAAGAGUACCGGUCGUGGCUUCUGUAUUAUUCGUUGCCGGUCCUCUAUGGCAUUUUGCCAGAACCCUUCCUUGGGCACCUCGCUCUUCUUGUACACUCCAUUUUUUGCCUAAUUCAGGACACACUUACAGGGGACGACAUCAACAUGGCCCAAAUUUUGUUAACGGAAUUUGUGAUCAAAUACAAUAUGCUAUAUGGGGACAUCAACAUGGUUUUCAACGUCCACUUACUCCAGCACUUGGCAAAGGAUGUUUUUCGUUGGGGGCCUUUGUGGACCCAUUCGGCCUUCUGCUUUGAGUCGUACAAUGGCGUUUUGGUUAAAUCUAUCAAAGGCAACCGUGGAGUAGCUAUGCAGGUGUUACACAAAGCUAUACUUAAACAGUCUGUAAAUUUUUAUGUCUUAACUAAAGGAACGGAUGUAAUGAAGAGAUCCCUUGCAUUUUUCAAGGAUGAGAAAAGGUGCCACUCGGGGGACACAGUCUCUGGCGUAACUCUUUUGGGCCAAGCACAGCUGUCCAAGUUCAGUAAUGCCGAAAAACGAUGCAUUAUCACUGCCCUUGGUACAGUUCCUUCAUGUCUUUCAGUCUUCUUAAGAUUCAUCGCUGGAGGAGUUGUGUACCAUUCAGCUCAAUACUCACGUCCUCAAAGAAGCGAUGACACUGUUGUAGUUCUUCAAGGCGAAAAGUUCGGCAUUAUUCGUUCGAUUUUUUCUUACAGGCUUAACAGUGCACAGGAAGUCGGUUUAAUUGUGGAGGUACUCGAAGUUGAGGAUGCAGCAUUUUGUGGUGCUCCCCAUAUUGCAGUUGGGGAGUUUUCUUCCCUCGAAAUGGUCGCUGUUUCAGCACUUUUGAGGAAGGCAGUGCGAGUGGAUGUCGAGAACUCUUCGUUUGUUUGUAAGGUUCCCAAUCUUCUGGAAAUUAACUGAUGCAGGCUGGGCUGCAGUCUUAAUAGGUUACCAGUUUUAUUUUUAAUUUGUCUGCUUGUUCAGGGUGCCUUCUGAAUUGCUUCUUUCAAAUUCUCUGACUUUUCCAAGUUUUCGCUGACUACGGUAGAAUACCGUGCGUCCGCCCACACCACACUAAGCGCCCAUUCCCAAAUUUGUAGGAUCUGAGAAAAUACGGAGAGUACAUUUAUAUGUAAAACUGAUGAGCGGAGAGGGGCCCAUCCGCUUUUUUUGCAAUUAUCUCCAAAGUUUGAGUGGGCACUUGCUUGGUAUUUUACAUUAUGUUCAGUGCGGGUAUGCCGAUGCACCGUGGUGCUUCGUUGCAUGCCACCAUGCC